AGACGUCGAAUUUGAUUUAUUUUUAUAAACUUCACGAAAAGAAUUCUAAUUAUGGCCGAAGACGAAGAAGUGCAGUUUGAAACCGGAGACUCUGGUGCUUCCAAAACAUAUCCCAUGCAAUGCUCGGGAUUGCGCAAAAAUGGAUUUGUUAUGCUGAAGGGGCGCCCUUGCAAGAUUGUGGACAUGUCCACAUCGAAGACCGGAAAACACGGACAUGCCAAGGUACACCUGGUGGGCAUCGACAUCUUCACCCAGAAGAAGUACGAGGACAUUUGCCCCUCAACCCACAACAUGGAUGUGCCGCAUGUGAAGCGUGAGGACUAUCAACUAACAGAUAUUAGUGAUGAUGGUUAUGUCACAUUGCUAUCAGACAACGGCGACUUACGCGAGGAUCUGAAGGUUCCGGAGGGUGAAUUGGGCGGCGCCCUACGGUCUGAGUUUAGCGAGGGAAAGGACUUGCUCUGCACCGUACUUGCUGCCUGUGGUGAGGAGUGCGUCAUUGCCAUGAAGGCCAAUGUUGGGCUAGACAAGUAAAGGCUUUUAUCACACGUCACAAUUCAAAAGAGAGGUCGGAGCUUUUGUGGAGUCUGAACUUUUGAGUAAUGCAUAAAAUAAAUGACGUUUCAUAAAUGA